UCUACAUUCGGCAAUUUGCCUCGUAUCAAGCAAACCAGCACUUUAAUAACAUGCAGCGCCAGAUUCUGCGUCAAAUUCCACGCGUCCAGGCCAGCGCCUUCGCCGUCAAGUCUGCUGCGACCGCCGCUAAGGCGUCGCCACUUGUGCUGUCACGUCACUUCUCGACGCCUGUAUCGGUCAAGCAGACCAACCUGCUGAUCAACGGUGAGUUCGUGCCGUCCAUCAAGGGCAAGACGUUUGAGACGUUCAACCCCGCUACAGAAGAGAAGAUCGCUGAUGUCGCUGAAGGCGGCACCGCCGACAUUGACGCUGCUGUGACUGCUGCCCGUGCGGCGUUCGAUGGUCCGUGGCGUACCAUGUCUGCGGAGGACCGUGGUAAGCUCAUCUACCGCCUUGCUGAGCUCAUCGAGGAGAACAUCGACGAGCUCGCUGCGCUCGAGGCUCUUGACAACGGCAAGCCGUGUUCAGUCGCCAAAGCUGCCGACCUCGGUCUCGUGAUCAAGACCCUCCGCUACUACGCUGGCUGGCCCGACAAGAUCCACGGAUCCGUUAUCCCUGUAUCGGGUCCCUACCUUUGCUACACCAAGGCCGAACCCGUUGGUGUGUGUGCUCAGAUCAUCCCGUGGAACUUCCCUCUGCUCAUGAUGGCGUGGAAGCUGGGCCCCGCUCUUGCUGUUGGUAACACUAUUGUAUUGAAGCCUGCUGAGCAGACUCCGCUGUCUGCUCUCCGCGUCGGUGAAUUGAUUGUGGAAGCUGGCUUCCCCAAGGGUGUGGUGAACAUUGUACCUGGUGUUGGAGCCAAGGCUGGCCGUCAUCUCGCCCAGCACCCGGAUGUCGACAAGGUCGCGUUCACUGGAUCAACGGAGGUUGGCUACCAGAUCAUGCGCACCUCUCACGUGAGCAACCUCAAGCGUAUCACGCUUGAGCUCGGCGGCAAGUCGGCCAACAUUAUCCUGGACGACGCUGAUAUCGACCUUGCCAUUCAGCAGUCGCAGCUUGGUCUUUUCAUGAACCAGGGCCAGUGCUGCAUCGCUGGUACCCGUGUGUACGUCCAGGAGGGUAUCUACGACGAGUUCGUGCGCCGCACGGUUGAAGCUGCCAACGCUCGCGUGGUCGGCGACCCGUUCGAUGCCAAGACGGACCAGGGUUCGCAGAUUGACGAGACCCAGUUCGAGAAGAUCCUUGGUUACAUUGAGGAGGGCAAGAAGGAGGGCGCCAAAUUGCUGGCUGGUGGCAAGCGCCACGGCAACAAGGGCUGGUUCAUUGAGCCUACGGUGUUCGCCGAUGUUACUGAUGACAUGACCAUCGCACGUGAGGAGAUCUUCGGUCCCGUCAUGUCCAUUCUCAAGUUCAAGACGAUCGAUGAGGUCAUUGCACGCGCCAACGACUCCGUCUACGGUCUGGGUGCUGGUGUGGUGACGAGCAACAUCGACAACGCCAUCAAGAUCUCCAACGGCAUCCGCACGGGUACGGUGUACGUGAACUGCUACGACGUGUUUGACUCGAACACUCCGUUCGGUGGCUUCAAGGACUCGGGUAUCGGCCGCGAGAAUGGUGAGCUGGGUCUGCGCAACUACUUGGAGCACAAGACGGUGAUCAUCAAGCGUCCGGAGGACUCAAUGCCAUAAGGGAUACGUAUGUACAAUAUCUCCCGCUGCGCCAGCAGCUCGGGAGCAGGACAGUGAGCGAAAGAAUUCGUAAAUACAGCGUUACUUUACUUGUGAA